GUGCAGUUACCACCAGUGUAGACAACUUGGAAAAGGCCCGGGCCGGGAGAAUACCGGCGAAUAUUUAACUAACUUACCACCAGUGUAGUCUUGUGUCUGUCGCUCAACAUGCUGCUGCUGCUGCUGUGUCUCCUCGCCCUCACAACCUCCACCAUGGGUGAUGGUGUGAACAAGGUGUUUCCUGGCGACCACCUCUACAACCCAGACGACUACAUCCACUCUCUGGGGGCCACUUACUGGGGCUUCUGGGGGAGCACCGACAGCUGCCCUAACGGCUCCUACGCUUAUGGUUUUGAGAUCAGGUUAGAAGAUCAACUGGGCUUAGGUGAGGAUGAUACGAGUGUCAACGCCAUCCAGCUCUUCUGUCGCACACCCGAGGGCGUCCACACAGCUGAAGUCACCUCCUCUGAAAUGACCUGGGGCAGCUGGACCGGCUCACACCACUGUGACGCCGGCUUCAUCACUGGAUACGAUCUCAAAAGUCACCCAGACGAGGGCGCCAUCGGUGACAACACAGCAGCCAACGCUCUGCGCAUGUACUGUAACCACAGCACCACUGACUACCUGGAGGCCCCAGGAAAUAAGUGGGGUGAUUGGUUAGGACCUUCCUUCUGCCGCAGUAACAUGGCUGUCUGCGGCAUCAUGACCCUCGUCCAGGAGGACCAGGGCAUAUUUACUGACGACACGGCCCUCAAUGACGUCAGGUUUCUCUGCUGCGAUCUUCCUGCUUAACUUUACAACUGUUAUUGGCUUAAGCAAAAGUUUUCUUAAAGAAAUCCACUGCUCCAUUCAUUAUUUACAAUAAAAAAAAAUUGAAAAAAAAAAUUGUUUGUUAUUGUGUCCAAGAUUGAAGUUUCCUGCUUAUCAAUAAUUUACAGCCAGAGUUCUUGUGCAAUAUCAAGCAGAGAUAUAUUGUUCCCUACACAUAUGCUGCUAUGUAUGAUAAUUCUAUGUAACUGUAUUUGUGUUUACCUGAAUAAACUUACUUACUUACUUA